AUACAUAUAUAUACAUACAGUAUAUUGCGUCUGAAUCCUUCGUUGUUUUUAACCGACUGAUCAUUAGGUAUACUCUGCUAGAUACGUGCACUGAUUCUCAUACACCUUCUAAAGGGUUUCUCUCACAUAACAUAUCUAACAUAUCUACCUUUCCUGUGAAGUCCACAUGCUGAGUUUUUUGUUUAAUUCCAUCAAGACCUUAUGCUGUUGUCAAGAAUUGCUUGGAGAGGAAAGAAAGUGGGCGUGGCUUUGUGUUUAGUGCUCUCUGAACUGAAGUGUUGUUUCUGUACUACAUUUGUGUCUACACCAUUCAUGUGACCUUGCACCUGUUUGUUAACAAGCGCUGAGCCUGCUGUGUCAAGCACUCGAUUAAAGCCACAAUUUAAACACCAUAUGCUGGUGGUUUUAUUUGGUUGACAGUCUUGGUUUUUACAAUCAUUAGUUGUAAAAUUUGUUCAGAACCCCAUUAUUUCUCGUCGUCUGGUAACACAAGCAUGGUCCUGAGUAAAUGAGCACAAUAUCAGUAUCAGUAUUGAUGGAACCCUAGUCUGUUUUUUUGUAAAUUAUUUUGAAUUCCUUUUCGUUAUUGUGUGUGUGUGUAUGUAUGUGUGUGUGUGUUAUGUGUGUGUGUAUAUGUAUGUGUGUGUGUGUUGUUCAGAUAUCAUAUAUUACUGUAAUAUACAGCUAUUAGGACACAUCUCUACCAUCUGUUUUAUCUCCUGUUUUAUCUCCUUUAUUGUGAUCAUAAUCCUGACUGUACAGCGUGCACAAUGUGAAUAACAUAAAUGUACCUUAUUUUGUUAAAUAAAGCUUUAAUAUAAGAAUUGAUGACAUUAUUACUUAAUUUUUUUUAAUGAUUUUAGUAUUUCUAUGAGGAUAAAAAUGCGAAUCAGCCUGACCGUGAUAGUGGGGGCGGGGCUAGUGUCCACUCGACCAAUGGGUGAAGCGCAUGGCCAUGAUUGACGUGUAGCGUCAAAGAUGCUGCAUAUCUGCGUCGAGAGGGACACACACACACACAUUCCAGCUCACAUACCAGUAUCAGGAAGACCCGCAGAGUCCCGACACUCAGAAACCUGGAUUGAAGGACACAGUGUAGAAGGACAGGAAGUGAAAGUGUUCCAGCAGGAACUCGUGGUGGACGCUGGUGUUUAGUGAUGACGUCCCACUGACACUGAACAUCACCACACAUCUUUCACAGCCUUGUGUUGACAUGGCAACAGGAAGGAAAAGCUCCGCAUCCAAAGGUGGAGGCGUCCACUUCCCGGACGAGAUGGAAGACGAUGUCCUGAGUGAGAGCGGUGAGGACACGCAGCAGGAUAAGAUCAUCACUGCCGUAGCCGAGCCUGAUGGAGCUUACAUGGUCAAGGCCGGAUUCCUAAAAAUCCAACAUAAAUAUGAGAUUAUCUUCUUGAUCCCACACGUCCCCACGCUGGGGAAGGACACAUCUCUCUCUCCGGCGUUACGCAGCACCCCCAAACCUCGCCUGCGUGCCACCCGCAUCGCCCGUCGUCCUGAAGGAGGAGUGAAGGUGGUGUGUGAGUACAGUGCUCAGCAGGAAGGAGUGGUGCAGGAGGAGCUCACACUUGUCAACAGAACCAGGAGAGACAGCAGUGUUAGAGUCCGAGUUCACGCCAGAGUGAUGGACCGCCAUCACGGAACCCCCAUGCUGCUGGAGGGAGUGCGCUGCUUGGGGACUGAGGAAAUCACUUCAAAAGCCAAUGACAAAAAGAAGAUCUGAGCAGUUUCUUCUUUCCUACAGAUCGCAGCAGCAUGGACUGAGAGGAAUAAAUAAACUCAGAGAACAUGGUUCAGAAUACACUUGACUCUUCAUCAUGCCUUUUGCUGAUCCGGAAUAAAAACAUUUGAUUCUGAUUCUAAUUACUCCCAAAAAAUGACAGAUGUCAAGACUUUCUCUCAAGUUUAGAAUUUGCUUCUCUCUUGUUCAGCAGGUCUGUGUUUGAAUCAGUGCAUCAUUUUUGUCAUGACUGAGAUUUCCUCCUCUCUUGUUCAGCCAGUCGAUUAUGUGUAAGUUCUGGCUGAGGUCCUUUGGUCAUUUCUCUGCAUGCAGUAGUACAGUGUGUGUAAAAAAUGAAUUAUCUUAAAAGCUCACACAUCACCAUAUAACCCAAAUAUCACAAAAUAGCAUUAAUUCUCAUUGUUUGUUUUUAUUUUGGGUUUCAAUUGAAACCAAGUUAAGUAAAGUUCAUAUGAAUGCAUGUUUUACACAAACUUUAACAUAUAAUGCAUUUUAACAAAGACUUCUUAUUAGAGUUAUUAUAGUUAUCCAGCAAUACUUUUAAUUUAUUUUAAUUAUUUUAAACAUAAACAGCCAGAAAGACAUAG